AGUUGUGGUUGUUGUGAAACAACAGUGUACCAUACUCUUGUUCUUUUGUUUCUCACUUUCCCACGUUACACGCCUUUGUUAAGCACUCUCUUUCUUCUCUUCACAAAAAAUCACUUCUUUCUCUCUCCAAUAACGUCCCAUUUCCCACUAUAGCAUGUCUCUAACCAUCAAACUACACCUUGCUUCUCACCUCAACCUCAACAACAACCAUGCAAACAAGGACAAGUUAAGCCACAACAACACUUGUUUAAACUACAACAAGAUUCGUCCUAAACCCAUUUACGCCACCAACCCAUUAAUCAUCACCACGUGUAAAGUGAAGCCAAGAGUGCAGUGUGGUUCUUCUUGUGGUAACAUGGUGAUCAAGAGUUCCUUGAUUGAGCCUGAUGGAGGGGCAUUGGUGGAUCUUGUGGUGCCAAAGAGUCUGAGUGGUUCUAAGACACUGGAGGCUGAGUCACUGCCCACGGUGCAGCUCACGAGGAUUGAUCUUGAGUGGGUGCAUGUUAUAGGGGAAGGUUGGGCUAGUCCCUUGAAGGGGUUCAUGAGGGAGGAUGAGUAUCUGCAGAGUUUGCAUUUCAAUUCCCUUAGGAUGAAGGAUGGUUCUGUGGCGAACAUGUCACUUCCCAUUGUGUUGGCCAUUGAUGAUGAGGCUAAAGAGAGAAUUGGGUCAUCUUUACAUGUGGGGUUGCUUGGCCCUGAUGGGGAUCGUGUUGCUAUUCUUCGAAGUAUUGAAAUUUACAAGCAUAACAAGGAAGAAAGAAUAGCUAGAACUUGGGGUACAACUGCUCCAGGAUUGCCAUAUGUUGAGGAAGUGAUUACUCCAGCUGGAAAUUGGCUUAUUGGAGGAGAUUUGGAAGUUCUAAAACCUAUCAAAUAUAAUGAUGGUCUUGAUAACUACAGACUCUCUCCCAAACAACUUCGUGAAGAAUUUGACAAACGUGAAGCAGAUGCAGUUUUUGCAUUUCAGUUAAGAAACCCUGUGCAUAAUGGUCAUGCCUUAUUAAUGAAUGAUACUCGUAAGCGCUUAUUGGAAAUGGGCUACAAAAAUCCAAUUUUAUUGCUUCAUCCUCUUGGAGGUUUCACCAAGGCUGAUGAUGUUCCCUUGGAUGUCAGGAUGGAGCAACAUAGCAAGGUCCUAGAAGAUGGAGUUCUUGAUCCUGAGACUACCAUAGUUGCAAUUUUUCCAUCACCAAUGCAUUAUGCAGGUCCUACUGAAGUACAGUGGCAUGCCAAGGCACGGAUAAACGCAGGUGCCAACUUCUAUAUUGUUGGUCGCGAUCCUGCUGGUAUGGGCCACCCAACUGAGAAAAGGGAUUUGUAUGACCCUGAUCAUGGGAAAAAGGUGCUCAGCAUGGCUCCUGGUCUGGAGAAGCUUAACAUUUUGCCAUUUAGGGUGGCAGCUUAUGACACUAAGGAAAGUAAGAUGGCAUUUUUUGAUCCAACCCGUGCUAAAGAUUUCCUUUUUAUAUCUGGAACCAAGAUGCGGGCUUAUGCAAGAAGUGGGGAGAAUCCACCAGAUGGUUUUAUGUGCCCAAGUGGAUGGAAGGUUCUUGUCAAGUAUUAUGAAAGCUUGCAAGCAGAAGAGCCAUCACAGCAACCUGUGCUAUCUACUUAACAAGAACUAGAAGUUUUUCAUUAAUUGAUUCCAUAGAAAUAGUGUUGAAAAUACAGUUCUGGGAGUGCCAAUUUUUAUGCAUGGUCUUCCAGCUUCAUGAUCAAGAUUUAAGCAAUGCGUAAGCAUAUUUGAAUUCUUUGUAACAUAUUGAAUUAUCUUGUCUUUUUCUUGUGAAAUUACCAUGACUAAAGAAUUUGUUGUGGUGUGUUAGGCAUAAU